GUACGUACGUGCAGGAGGCGGGGCACGGCGUCCGCGCGGCGCCACGGCCACCGGGAGGUUGCGCCCGGGAGUGACUGAGGUGAUCCGCUCGAGACACAGUCGCCGCCAUGUUGUCCGUGGCAGCCCGUGCCGGCCCCUUGGCUCCGUACCUGUCGGCCGCGGCGCACGCCGUGCCGGGCCCGCUGAAGCCGCUGGUGCCGGGGCUGGUGCUGCAGGCCGAGAAGCUGCCGCUGGACCCGAAGCGGCCUGUGCUGAGCCGGGAAUCGCUGAGCGGCCGAGCGCCCCGCGGAGGCCUCGUCGCCACCGCCAGCCUCAACGCUCCAGCUAGCGUUCGGUACAUCCACAAUGAUGUCACAGUACCUGACUUCUCUGACUACCGUCGCCCAGAUGUGUUAGAUAAAACAAAAUCUUCUCAAGAUAGCAGCGAUGCUAGGAAAGGGUUUUCCUAUCUUCUGACCGCAACAACAUGUGUAGCCUCUGCAUAUGCUGCUAAGAAUAUUGUCACCCAGUUUGUUUCCAGCAUGAGUGCUUCUGCUGAUGUGUUGGCAAUGUCAAAAAUUGAGAUCAAGUUGUCUGAAAUUCCAGAAGGCAAGAAUAUGGCUUUCAAGUGGAGAGGGAAACCCCUUUUUGUGCGUCACAGAACCCAGAAGGAGAUUAAUCAGGAAGCUGAAGUACCAUUGACUGAACUAAGAGAUCCACAGCAUGAUUUAGACAGAGUAAAAAAACCAGAAUGGGUUAUACUGGUAGGUGUCUGUACUCAUCUUGGUUGUGUACCCAUUGCAAAUGCUGGAGAUUUUGGUGGUUAUUAUUGUCCUUGCCAUGGGUCGCACUAUGAUGCAUCUGGCAGAAUUAGAAAAGGUCCUGCUCCAGCCAACCUUGAGGUUCCAUAUUAUGAAUUUGCUUCUGAUGACUUAAUUAUUGUUGGUUAAAUAGCUGGACAUUUGUCUGCUCAUCUUUUGCUGUAUGAACAUUGUGAAAAAGGGUUAAUAUUCUGGUGUGGUAUAAAACUAAAUGAUCCUAAAAAUGUACCUAACUGUCUAAAGUCACUCAUACGAAGAAGUAUGCUAAAUGCUUCCCAAUAAAGAAUCAAACUGA